CGCACAUCAUGCGCGGAACUCCUCCGGUCAAGGCAGCAUGUAUGGCCUGCCGUGCAUCCAAAACCCGUUGCGAUGGAAAGAAUCCAUGCAGGCCGUGUGUGAGCAAAGGUCGCACCUGCUCCUAUCAGCCCAGUCGAAGAGGUGGUCCUCGCCGACGCGUUCGAACCGCGCAGCCGGUCUCAUUCCCUCAAACUCCGACUGUGGUGGAGUUCGCCCAACCCACCCCAUCUCUCACUGAGGACUCGGGCCCCUUGGUCGACGAUCCCGGUUUCUGGAACACCUUGGCUCUUCUGUCUCCCUACAAGAGGCUUCAGGAUGGGGACAGGAGUCCACAUGACCGCUUCGAUACACUCCAUGCAGGGACGAGCUGUGAGAUACAAGGGCCACUUCUGCGGGUUUAUGCUUCCGAGCAAGAUAU